AUGCCCAAUCACAUAGUCGACGCAUUUCGUGUCAAGAGGGAGGCGCACAGAGAAAGUCGCAAGACAGGCGACACUUUCAACCCAUUCGCCCACAUCUGGGUCAAACGGAGAAACACGUCCCCCGCAAUAGUGCCUGGCGCCGCAAACGACGAUGUCGAUGUUGAGGCUGGCCUCGGCGGAGGCAACCGCGAAAUCGAACCGAUUGGUGUACCCGUUGGACACGCUAUGACCGCACCGGCACCAUCAUCCGCAUCCUACAACUCACGGAGCCGCCUCAACAGCGAUUACAACAUCACAGCGAGCGCACAAGCACCUGUCGGCGGUGUCCUGACAGAAGGCGACGAGGAGGGCAUCCCCCCCAACGAAAAGAUUGGCGAAGCCUCGCUCGGCUCAUCCAACACAGCCGCGCCCGAGGGCCUGAAGAACCGCAGCCGCGGGAGCGAUCGGCCCGGCUCGGACGGCGCCGACGAGCCUGAUGACUCGCACAAGAACGACAAGGACAAGAAGCCGAAGAAGGAGCACGCCAUGUUCAAGAAUGUCCAGCCGAAGGAGCCGUUUACGGUCGCCAACCAGCUGCAGCGCACGUUUUUGAACUCCUACGUUAAUCUUCUCCUCCUGGCUGCGCCCGUCGGUAUCGCCCUCCACUUCACGUCUGUCGAUCCCAUUGCGAUCUUUGUCGUCAACUUUAUCGCCAUCAUCCCGCUUGCUGCUAUGCUGAGUUCCGCGACGGAGGAAAUCGCCCUUCGCACGGGCGAGACGCUCGGCGGUCUGUUGAACGCGACGUUCGGCAACGCCGUCGAGCUGAUUGUCGCCAUCAUGGCGCUGAUCAAGAACGAGGUUGUCAUUGUGCAGACGUCCCUGAUUGGCAGCAUUCUGUCCAACUUGCUGCUUGUGAUGGGCAUGUGCUUCUUCUUUGGUGGCUUGCGUCGCCAGGAACAGUACUUCAACACGACUGUGGCGCAGACGGCGGCCAGUCUGCUGGCCAUGGCCGUCGCCGGUGUCAUUGUUCCGACUGUGUUUGACGCCGCCAGUAUUACUUCGACCAAGGACGUCGCCAUGUUGUCGCGCGGCACGGCCAUUAUCCUGCUUGUUGUGUACGCGGCCUACCUCUUCUUCCAGCUCAAGACGCACCAGGCUGUCUUUAGCGAGGAGAGCAAGAAGGUACCUGCGAAGCCUUUUAAACACUCGAUCCAAAAGGGUGCCGUCAAGGGCGCCAUCAUUCGGUCGGCCAACGUUGCCAAGAUGAACGGCAUCCACGAGUCGAACGAGGAGCGCCAGCGGGUCAACGACCUGAUUGUGAACGGACCCGAGGACGACGAUGAGGGCGAGGAGCCGCAGCUGCACUUUUUUGUCGCGCUCGGUGUGCUUGCGGGCUCGACGGUGGUGAUUGCCUUCUGCGCUGAGUUCCUUGUGGACAGCAUUGACUACGUUACGACCAAGGGCCACAUCAGCAAGGAGUUUUUGGGUCUGAUUCUGCUGCCGAUCGUCGGCAACGCUGCCGAGCACGCCACCGCUGUGACUGUCGCUGUCAAGGACAAAAUGGAUCUUGCCAUUGGUGUCGCUGUUGGUUCUAGCAUGCAGGUUGCGCUGUUCCUGAUUCCGCUGCUGGUUGUCAUUGGCUGGGGCAUGGAUCUCGACGACAUGUCGCUCAGCUUUGAUAUUUUCCAGGUCGCCGUUCUCUUCGUCUCGGUGCUGCUGGUCAACUAUCUGAUUGGUGACGGCAAGAGCCAUUGGCUCGAGGGCAUGCUGCUGAUGUGCUUGUACUGCAUCAUUGCUGUUUGCUCAUGGUGGUACCCUGCGUAA